CCAGUGUCGCUUUGAUCUCACCAUUUGGUGUCCAAGAAAGUUCCCCACAAGCCACAAGCCAGAUGCAACCAGAUCACCACAAUCUGUCGCCAUACAAAACACAGCUGCUGACAUGGCCCGAAGCACGUCCUGAAGACUGCCUGUCAAGCUAAAAGCGAAGGGUCAGGACAUGCUGCGUGCUGCGCAGCGCCUGGCUUCGAGAUCUUCGAGACUUCCGGUGCCAUGCCUCCUGGGUUUGGACCAUGCGGCCAUUGGGGUGUUUGGCCGUAAUAUUACUAUUCCUGAAUCACAAGGACCAAGAGUCAAAGAUUUGAAGCGAUCGCUGGCAUGGUACCAUGGCGUGCUCGGCUUGCGACACAUGUUUGUCGAUGACCCUAUGUUCAACGGCCCCAUCGCAAUGGUGGGUGUGAACGACAUCCCAUUGCUUGCUUUGCUCAGGCUACCGGACAAUGAACAGCCCUUGGUAGGCUCCAGGGAGCAGCGGGGACAUUUUGCGCUCCGCACCAAGCCAGAAGACUUUGAAACCUGGCGAGAGAGUCUGCCAGAUCUGUUGCGGCUUCAUCGAGCCCAUGACCUGCAGAGCUUAUGGCUGGAGGAGCAAGACUAUGGACGACAACGCAGCCUCUUCUUUCAGGAUCCUGACACCAAUGAAAUCGAGGUAGCUGCCUGGUUUCGGUGAAGUCAUGGUGAUCGACUGGCACUGGAAACAAAGAGCACCUGACAUGAUCAAAGAGUCAUCAAGAAUUGACACAAUGGAACCUGUUGGAAUGUCGAAACAUGCUUGGCAUCGCUGUCAAACCACAGCUUGCCUUCCAAAGAACCUGUGUUAGCUGUGUUGCCGCAUUCGACGUCAAGCCACUGAAGGUGGUGCUGAGCCGGUAGGAAGUGC